UUCAUCAUGGAGUCCCUCCAGCCCCUCCCAGCAGAGCUCGUCGACUUGUCGUUGCACGACCGAGGUUUCUCCCUCCAACCAAAUGCAGUGGUGGAAGGCGACCGAGUCAAAGUUCCAUUUGCCGACGAUGUUCCGCAUUGCGACCCGAUUGACGCGCCAAGCGUUCCCAAAGGCCACGUCGGCCGCUGUGUCUGCUCUCUCUGCCAAUGCGACGAUGCAGUCCACGUCUGUGGCAGCGGCGUUUGCGCCUCGCUUUGUUCUGCCUGCUGCGUUUUCGUUGCCCAUGACGUCGAUGGCUCGCUUCUUCUCGACUGGAGCGGAGCCUGUGUCGACAGUCUGGAUCGGCGGUCUGCCCUUUGACACGGAAGAAUCUCACAUUCGCGACUUGUUUGAAAAGUACGGUGAAAUCACACGCAUCUCGAUGACGAAGCGCCGCGAUGGCCGCUUCCAAGGCACGGCGUUCGUCGAGUACACCGAACCUGCGGAAGCCCAAGCCGCCCUCGAACUCGACGGCGAAGCGUGCGGAUCUCGUUACAUGAAGGUGUCGUUUGCGCUCCCCCGCGUCGUCAAGACCACGGAACGCCCCGCGGACUGCUCGGCUAUUCGGUUUUCGAACGUGCCGUUCGAUCUCACGGAAGAAAGCAUUCGGUCCAUGUUUGAACACUGCGGUGACAUUUCGUCCGUCCAUUUCGCCAAGGACCGCGACACUGGCCGUCCGCUGGGCUACGGCUUCGUCGAGUUUGUCGACCCCACCAGCUGCGACAAGGCCUUGGACGUGUCCGGCGCGGACGCAUUUGGUCGCCGCAUCAACGUCGAGUACUCUCUCCGUGCCAAGCGCAUGCCCCGCCACAAACCCGACGGUUGCAAGUCCGUGUACGUCGGCAACUUGUCGGAAGAUGUCAACAGCGGCAUGUUGCAAGAUUUGUUUGAAGAAUGCGGUGAAAUCGAACGCAUUCACAUUGCUGUCGACCGCGAGACUGGCGAGCCCCGUGGCUUUGGAUACGUCAACUUUGCUCACACCGACGCUGUGGACCAAGCAAUCAAGUUGUCCGGCGUCGACGUUCAAGGACAAAAUAUCCGCGUCGCGUUCGUGCGAGAACGUGAAGAGCGCCGCCCGUCGUUUCACGACGACCGUCGCGACCGCCACGACCACCAUCGCGCCAGCGGCGAACGCGGGUACGGGGGCCGUGCCAAGCGAGGUGGCCGUGACGAAGGUCGCAACGACCGUCGUCGCAACUACGACAACAACGACUACUAGGAUAUAGGUGAAUAGAUGCUUCAUAAUCUUGUCAUUACUACUUGGGUGCCGUCGCCUUCCUCGGCCGUCGGCGGCCGCCGUCGAAAUUGCCAUCGUGGUGCCGAUAUUUCUG